AUGAAUGAAGUAGAAGCUCUUGAGCUACUUAGUUGGCAUGCUUUUAAAAGUCAUUGUCCUGACGAAGGAUAUCUUGAACUCUCAAGAGAAGUUGUUGGUUACUGUGGUGGUUUGCCACUAGCACUGAAAGUUUUAGGCUCUUCUCUAUACAAAAGAAGCACAAUAGAAUGGAGAAAUGCAUUGGAUAAAUGGAAAACACUUCCUCCUAAGGAAAUUCACGAAAAGCUUAAAUUAAGCUAUGAUGGGCUACCUGAUAAUUACAUGAGGGACGCAUUCCUUGAUAUAUCAUGUUUCUUCAUUGGAAUGGACAUGAACUAUGUCAUGCAAAUAUUGGACCGUCGUUGCUUUUCUCCGGUAAUAGGACUGCGUGUCCUCCUUGAAGAGAGCCUCUUAACUGUUGGUGAAGAUAACAAGUUGAUGAUGCAUGAUUUGGUUCGAGACAUGGGCAGAGAAAUUGUACGUGCACAAUCCUCUAACAUCACUGGAGAACGUAGUAGAUUGUGGCAUCAUGAAGAUGUAAAAGACGUAUUGAGGAACAAAUCUGUAAGUACAUUCGCAAUCCGAUUGUUUAAAUGCAUGUAG